AUGGUCAAGGAGAGCAAGCAAAGCCAAUUCAACCCCUAUCAAAACAAUGGCGGCACAGUUGCAGCAGUAGCCCUUGGAGGUCGCGUCGCAGUUGGUGGUGACACGAGGAUUUCAGUAGGAUACAACAUCAUAAGCCGAAAUUACUGCAAAAUCACACAGCUGACAUCAAAAGCCGUGAUAGCAUCAUCAGGAAUGGUCACCGAUGCCCAAAACCUCCAUAAAUUGCUUUUAGCAAGAAUAACUCUCUAUAAGCAUCAGCACGGAACAGAACCGUCCCUCAAGGCCUUAUCCAAACUUCUCUCCAUAACUCUUUACUCGCGCCGAUUCUUUCCUUUUUACACUUUCAAUUUGCUUGCAGGACUUAACGAAGAAGGUCAAGGAGCAGUCUACGGGUACGAUGCAAUUGGAAGCUUUGACGAGCUGAAGUACGGUGUCCAAGGAACUGGUCAGGAGCUCUGUAUGUCUGUUCUCGACAACCAAUGUAAGGGUGCUAAUAGAACAGAUGACUAUACUUUUACCCAAGACCCUGUGGAGCUUAUAAGAGAUGUCUUUACUUCUUGUGCAGAGCGCGAUAUUUAUACAGGAGACGCAGUCACCGUUUGGGACAUUACAGCUGAGGGGAUUCAGCAGACAUCAAUACCACUCAGAAGAGAUUAA